AUGCUCGAUCAAUCUCAAGAUUCAGACGUCGUUGAAGAUGAUUUUAAUAAACCGGUGGAAUCCAUAAUGCGAUGCGAGGAUUUCAAAAGUAAUUUUGCUAGAAAGCUAUCCAAUCGGUACAUUUCCUGGACUCCAGGUGUGAAAUCCAAGGAUUCUGCCCUAAAAUUAUGCCAAACUGACACACAGAAACCAAAAAUAAAUGUAAGUUAA